AAACGAUAUUGGAUAUUGGAUGAAGGUCGUCAUUGAGGACGCCUCAAAUAUAUCGGUACGUUCCAUCAAUAUCCUGUCUUAAAGUGUUUUUGAGUAUCUCGGCACGAUCCCAGCUAUUGUCUUUAAUAACAACAUUCGCUGUUGUUUGUGCUAAUGCAAAUCGAAAUGCAAAUAUUCUGUCACACAUCACUUAAGUAUCAGGUCUUUACAAAAUGAAAAAGGCGGAAUGUGAAUCUAAAAAACAAGUUCUAGAAUAUUUACCAAAAUGUGGGGUACAUGUGGAUUUGUCCUGUCCUGAAGAAAUGUCAAUUGAACAGUUAAUCGAAAUCUUUGAACGUCGUGGUUUCAAAUCUUUAGUCUCAAAUAGUGCUACACUAGAUCAACUUGUCAAUCUAUAUUAUGAUCAUCUUAUGCCAAAGUCCAGUAGAAAAGAAUUAAUAAUAACUCAAAUGGUGGAUGAAAAUGAAUCUAUGAAUAAUACUGAAGUCGUCAAUAAUAAUUUAUCACCAGAGGGAGAAAUCAACUGUAUGAUUAAAAAACGUAAGCAUAGUGUAGACAACAAUACAGAUGAAUUAAUAACUGUUAGCAGUGCUAAACAAUCCAAUUGUAGUGAAACUACUACUAAUAAUAAUAGCAAUGAUGAUUUACUUCCUGUAGAUAAUUUAACCUCUAAAGAAACCAAUGUAAAUAUACCUGUUGAUAAUGAUACUAAUAAUGUACAUCAAUCAGUGUGUAAAAAGGACACUGUCCAGUUGGAUAGUUUAAUGAAAGAGAUAAUGAGAAGUGUACCACAACCAACUGACAAAAAGUCCUCUGAUGCAGCAAAUACAGACAGCAAAUCCAACUCAACGGUAAAGAAAAGACAAAAGAUAAAUCGUGAAUUUAAAACACUUGUAAAGUAAUACAUUAUAUAUAUAUUUAUGUGUA